AUGUCAACCUACACCCUCACAAGCCAUGGCUCGCGCCGCCGCGCCAGCGCCAGCGCAUCCGAAAUACCACGCAGCCAAACCAAACGAUAUCAUCACAGUAAACAAACAUCCCUCUCGAAGAUCAAACCAAAAAUGAUCUAUAUAUCCACCACACCCGGAAUAUCCAUCAUGCCCUCGGAUUUUAUAUUCAUGGGAACCCCAGAACCCGAUCUCCGUGAAACGACAUCAAAUAAUCCUUUCCUCACAAAUACAAAUACAAAUGUAAAUACAGAUACAAACACCAACACCAACCCCUCCCCACCUGACCCACCCACCUCAAAAAACCCCACAAAACCCACUGUAUCCAUAACCAUCAAACCCCUAAUCGACCGCUUCGACACCAUAAGUUCAAAUUCAAAUUCGAAUGCAAGUUUAAAUUCAACUUCCAGAUCGCACAACUCGCAACGCAGCAGCGAGAAAUUGAAGUUACAAGCGCGAACUGAAGAGAUAUUUCUGGAAGAAGGGGAGAAGGAAUGUUUUCGCGAAGGAAAGCAGGAGAAGAGCUCGAGAAGGAUGGAGAGAUUGUUGCGUGGGAGUGGAAAGGAAAGCGGAAGGGAAAGUGUUGAUUUAGGCGUGAGGGAUAGGAGUUGGUUUGAUGCUAGUGGGUAG